ACAUGUCUGGCCUAAGUGGACCUCUCGUGCUUGUUUGUUGGAUCACCAUUCUCUGUUGGGUAGAUUGUAGCCCCUCUCAGCAGGACGAUAUGGCACCUCUUAAAGUUGAAUUCCAUUCUUUGGACUUCAGAAAUAUCUUACACUGGAAACACCCACAUAUGUCUGCCAAUGGCCUGAAAUAUUUUGUUCAGUAUAAAGUAUAUGGGGACAAAGAGUGGACUAAUUGUGAACACUGUCAAGGCACCAGAAUGCUCCAGUGUGACCUGAGUGAGGUGACAUCAGAUCCCAGAGAAUGGUAUUAUGCCAAGGUCCGUUCCCUCUCCCCUAAAGGCCCCUCAUCAUGGGUCAUCAGCUCCAGAUUUCACCCUCAGUGGGAUACCAGCUUCAGCCCACCCCGGAUAAGGCCGAGAGUGACAGGACAAGGCAUUUCGGUUCAGAUCAGAUCUCCAAGAGCUCCACUGCGAGGACAGAAGGGCAAUAGGAUACGAGUGACACAACUGCAGAAACUGAUAUUCAGGAUAUACCUAAUGCACAACGAUGUAGAAGAGGAAGUCCUCGAAACAGACAGUUGCUCAAAGGAGCUUGUGAUCCAGGGGCUGCGUCCCAAAACCACCUACUGCCUCCAUGCUGUGUCCGUGAUUCCUCUCACAGGCCGCAAGAGCUUACGGAGUUCCAGCACCUGUAUCAGCACUCACUGAGGGCAAGGGAGUCUCCCACAGGCUGAAGCUUUUUCUGGACAUUCCUUAGACACAUAUUACACACUUACGUGCACACACACAUAUACACACACUACAUAGUUAAAUAUCUGCAAAUUCCCACAAAUGUCAUGUUUACUACAAGAUCGAGUCUUGGCCUUAGUGUACAUUAUUUUAGGUAAGGGAUAGUUCACCCAAAAAUGAAAAUCAUGACUUUCUUCUUGGGAAAAGAUGCUAGACAAACUAAACAUUUAGGAGAACUAUACUUUUAAGGUUAACGCCUGUAGGAAAUAAAUGUAUAAACAAAUGCAGUGAUGUGUUUUAAGGCAGAAAGAUGAACACUUUUUUUUAACCCAAUGCUCCAACAUACCAAAUUUUCAACAAAUGAAGAGAGAUCCAGCACAUGACAAGUGGAAGAAAUCAUGAAAGAAAAUUGUGAGAAGACCAAAAUGUAAAUGUUGUAUAAAGGAUUUAUUGGUCACUUGUGUACAGUAAAAUAGUAGAAUUUGAUAUAAAUGAGAUGCUUGUGGGCUCAGCCCUUUUUUCUUUGAGCCCUCCUGGAGCAAAUGACCAGUUUGGUGAAGCAUCACCAGUCUAUCUCUGAAUAGAACAGCUUUAAACAUUAAAUUGGUCACAUGGGUAAGCCAUUGGAUAAAAACAAAUCUAUUUGCAGUGCACAUGUACCAUGUAACAAUUUUUCUAAACCACUUUGCACUCCAAACGGAAACCACGUACCCCAAGAAAGUAUGGGCAACUUCAACUUUGGUGAAAACACAACUCUUCUUUUGCUUAAUUCCAACUCCACUGAAGACUGUUUUGUCUUUCACAUUUUUGUGUCCUUCACAGCCCAAAUGAAACAACUAUUAAGGUUUGAUAUAUGUAAUUCUCCUAUUUCAGGAGAAAUGAUUGUGCUUAAAUAAUACCAGAUGAAUCCCUCAAAA